AUGAACAGUGAAUAUAAUGGGCAGGUAGCGUCAUGCGUGAAAGACAGUUUAAUUGGUUUUGUUGCGGGUAUUUACGGUGGUAUUGCAGUUGUAUGCGUCAGCCAACCACUGGAUACGGUUAAAGUCAAGAUGCAGGCCUUUCCAGAGCACUACAAGAAUUCCUGGCUGUGUCUUAAGAAGACUUGGCUCAAAGAUGGACUUUCAAGAGGCCUAUAUGCCGGAACUGUUCCGGCUCUAGUGGCAAAUAUGGCUGACAACGCUGUUGUUUUUUGUGCCCUACCAUUCUGCCAGAGAAUGGUCUCCUGGGCAACGAAAACAGGUGGAACUGAACACCUUUCUACCUCCCAACAUGCCCUGUCUGGAUCUCUUGCCGGAAUUUUUACUGCUCUUGUCCUGUGUCCAACGGAACUUGUCAAGUGCAAAAUGCAAGCAUUUCAUGAUAUGGCGGAGCUUGGACGCAUAAAUUUGUCACCAAGUGCAUCCGGUCCCUACCAGAUUACGAAGCAAAUCCUCCACUCCGAGGGACUGCGUGGACUUUACCGGGGUUUCGCGCCGACACUGGGUCGCGAAAUGAUUGGAUACUUUUUCUUCUUCGGCGGUUAUGAAGCCGCGAGGAGUGUACUUACCCCAAGAGGCCGGGUCAAGGAUGACCUGGGUCCCCUGGCUACAGCUGUGGCCGGUGGAUUUGGCGGCGCUGCU